AUGCAGCGCAACCCUGGGGCGCGAACUAUCGAGGGGGAGCUGGAGAAGGCAUUGUAUCGCGCGGGGGCCAUACUGGAGAACGACCUGGGCGACUUCUGGAAGAUCGACUGGAUGCGAUCCGCGCGCACCGACAAGGGCGUCAGCGCGCUCGGGCAGGUGGUGUCCGUGCGCCUCGUGCUGGACCCGCCGGGCUUCGUGGAUCGCGUGAAUAAGCAUCUGCCCAAGCAGGCGAGUGCCCUCACGUUGCCAUUUCUCGUGCGGCUGCUGGGCUUCGUUAAAGUGACAGCAGGCUUCAAUGCCAAGGACCAGUGCGACCGACGCAGGUACGAGUACGUGAUCCCGACGUUCUGCUUCAACCCGCUGGCCCACCGCGACCGCGAGUACCUCGUGCGCAUGGGGCUCAUCUCCGACCCUGAGGGCGCACAGGACGGGCAGGGUGGGCAGGCAGGGGGCGAGGCGGCGGAGGAGACAGUGGAAGAGAAGGGGGCUGAGGGGAAGGAAGAGAGCGGGUCUGCAAAGGAGUCUGCAGCUGCUGAAGGGGGAAUGGGUGAGAAGGGGAAGGAGGAUGCCGUGGCAGCUGCUGAUAAGCCAUCCGAGGCUGCAACCAACACAAAAGAAGCAGAGAGCAAACCAACAGACAAGCCAGAGGACAAAGCAGCAGAAGCACAAGACAAGCCCAAGGCCACCACGCUCCCUGCCCCUCUUCCCGCCGUGUUCACCCCGCCGCCCUACACGUUCGACUCGGCAGCUCUGGAGCGACUGAACCACCUGUUAUCCCUCUUCGUGGGCACGCACUGCUUCCACAACUACACAGUGAAGGUCAGCGCCAAGGACGCGGCGGCCAAGCGGUACAUCGUGUCGUUUGCAGCGGAGGGCGUGACGCAGGUGGAGGGCAUGGAGUGCGUCAAGUGCGUGGUGGUGGGGCAGAGCUUCAUGCUGCACCAGAUCCGCAAGAUGGUGGGCAUGGUGCUCGCCGUCAUGAGGGGGCACGCGCCCGAGCAGAUGCUCACCGAUGCCUUCAGGAAGGACAAGCGGUACAACGUGCCGCUGGCGCCGGAGCUGGGGCUAUUCCUGGUGGAGUGUAUGUUCCCCGCGUACAACAACAAGUGGGCCACCUCGCACCCGGCCGUCACGCUGGAGCCGUUCAGAGAGCAGGCGGAGAGGUUCAAGGAGGAGGUGGUGUACCCGCACAUUGUGAGCACGGAGCGCAAGAGCCACGUGUUUGCCGCGUGGCUGUCCAACCUCAACGACCGCAACUACCCAGAUUUUGUGCUCGCGAGAGCUGAGGCCAAGGGUCUGCUGGGUGGUGGUGGGCCUGGUGAGGCAGAGGGGGGAGUGGGGAGUGCAGAGGGGAGGGAGGGAGGUGGAGUAGAGGAGAAAGAGGGAGGAAAGUAG